UAUAAUAAUUAAAAAACAGAAAUUAUGGGUAAUUCUUGCCUCAACACAACCAAUUCUGCGAUGGAGAACAGGAGAGGAGAAAACUCUAGUAAAGGAGGGAAUAGAUCCAAUGGAAAUGAUUUAGAUUCCACUACUGACAAGCUUUCCUUUCUUAAAUAACCCCAUUACCAGACCAGCAGGUUUUGUGGAAGAGAGUGAAAAACCUCUUAAUGAUCCUGAACCACAAAGUCUAGCUACUGCAUCCUUGCUGGCUGGAGUCCAACCUAAGGAUGAUUUAUCUGUAGAGAAAUCUAAAAGGGUUGAGCAAAGUUAUGUGGAGGAUAGCAAUCAUCCACAUCAAGAAAUUAUCGUAGAUUUUGACAACACUGACGAUUCUAUUGGGAAAAUGAAUAUUCAAAAAGAGACUAAUGAGCUAAACCACUCGCAUAAGCCAUUAGAUAAUAGGGAUUCCUACUCAUUCAAGCCAACCACAAUGUUCAACCGAGAAACCAACCUGAGUAACACAGACAUUGCAAUGUCUUUUGGCUCUGGUUACCUUGGAAACGACAAAAGCAUAAGAGAAGUAGAUGUUGAUGAAGGGCUAUAAUGAGCAAUCCCUAGCAUUUAAUUAUCCUCAAAAACUUUAAAAGAACGUGCAUAUGCAUUU